UCUGCUCUGCUCUUCUGCUCUUCACACUUCAUACUGCAUUCGUCGAAUAAUGGCUGAUUGGUCCGAACUUCCAUAUGAUAUCAUUCACAAGGUUGCGACAUAUUUUAUGGCCGUCGAGGAUUUCCUUGCUUUUUCUGCUGUUUGUCGCUCCUGGAGAUCAGUGUAUGUGGCAAAGCAGUGGCAUCAAAGUCCUCAAGUUCCAUGGUUGAUGCUCUCUGGCAUUGAAAAUGAUAGCUUUAGAAGUUUCAUUAGCUUAUAUAGAAAUAAAGUUUAUAACUCAGAGCUACCUGAGGUUCAUGGUAGACGGUGCUGGGGAUCUUCUUCAGGUUGGCUUGUGACUAUAGGAAAUGACCUUGACAUCCGCCUUCAUAAUCCCUUUACUCAUGUUUCUGUGAAUCUUCCACCUAAGUCCUCAUUAAGAAUCCACUUUGGUGAAAUUCUGGGUUGGUAUGAGAUCAUAGAGAAAGCUUUUGUCUUUAAGAAGCCAUGUACUUCACAUGCAAAUGAAGAGGACUUGCUAGUUAUGAUAAUUUAUGGACCUUUGAAGCAGUUGGCUUUUUGUAGACCUGGCUAUAGUUCUUGGAAAACUGUCAAAGAUAUAUCCCGUACUGGGUACAUUGAUGUUACGCAUGUAAAAGAUCAGAUAUUUGCUCUUUGUGGCUUGGGAUCUCUAGUUGUUAUUGAUAUUGAUAGCCUAGCUGUUACUGAUAUCAAUGGUCCAAAGGCUCCUGAACAUGUUGCUUUAUCACUUCCUCUGUGGCACUGGGAGCAACUAAUCUUGGUAGAAUCAUCUGGAGAUCUCUGGAUGGUUUACCAAAACCGGACUAGCAUUCGUAGGAGGUCUUCCGUCGAGUCUAUAGAAUUCUAUGUCUACACUUUUGAUUUUAGGAAGAAGCGGUGGCUUAGGUUGAGCAGUUUGGGAGAUCAUGCUAUUUUUGUUGGUGAUAAUUGCUCUAUGUCUAUUCGCGCACCCGAUCGUUUUAACUGCAAAAGCAAUAGCAUUUAUUUUAUUGGAAAAAGAAUGGAACAACGGUGGCCAUGUGGGGAGGUUCAUGUCGAUCUGGGCGUGUAUAGCAUAACAAAUGGGAUUUCUGAACCCCUUUGCUUUGGCCCUGAUAUCCCAAAAUAUUAUUCUUUUCCACUUUGGGUAACGCCCACCUUCUAGUAGAGUGUUCUGCUGGGCGAUUGAGCUUUGUUUUGCUUAUCCUGCUCGAUUCUCCAUCCAAGGAACAGGAUGAAACGAAAAAACAUAGAAGUGGAUAUGCAGAUUUUACUUUGCUGCCAGAUCCCAUCUACCAUCUGAAUCUCAGUAAGAGAUCUCAUCCAGGAGCAAGAGACAUAAGAUGUUCAUUCAGCUAAAAAAUUUGUUCCUACAACCGUCAUCACAAGGCUGUGGUUCUCAAGAUAACUGCAGUAUUAUGUGCUUUUUAAUCCUAUUAUAUUUGGCAUUUUAGAUAAGAAUUACUAGAUCAAAUGUAUAAAUAUUGAUAUGAAUUGGAUUUACACUUGGUAUAUAAUUGGAAAGCUAGAUCUUGUACUA